AUGGCCUUCGUGCGAGUGAAGGUGUGGUGGGCGAAGAUGGACGCCCUCAAGCUCGUGACCGAAGGGCCGUCCGAAGGCCAAGAGUACCGCACACCGGAGCGCAUUGCAACAUCCUUAGCUAUAGUUCUCAUUGUAGUUGCCGCCAUGUCCUAUGGCCUCCCCGCCACCCACGCCGACAUCAACUUCAUCGCUCGCACAUGCAAGAAGACCAAUAACUUUGCGUUGUGCAUGGCCGUGCUAAGGGGCAACCCAAAGAGCGCCCAAGCAUCCACCGAGCAUGACCUCGCCAACAUUGCUCUGCAAAUCGCCACCGACACCAUCAGAAAGAACACCGCGGCCAUCUGUGACCUAGAUUAUAAACACCAGGGCACACCCGAGGCACCAGUGUGGCAUGUAUGUGUCAAGGCACAUGUCCUUGUUGCAGCCAACCUCAUCGACGGCGCCGGCCCUAGCUUCCACGUUGGGGACUACGCUGAUGUGUUGAAGAUUGUGUCUGAGGCGAAGGGCGCAGGAGAUACAUGCGAGAACGCAUUCAAGGCGGUCCACAAAGCGUCUCCCAUGGCCUACAUGGACCGUCAGACGACGGAGCAUUGCGGCCUCGCCGGCGACCUCAUCUGCCUGCUCCUCACUAAAUGA